UACUAAACGGUGUCUCGUCUUUACAAAAGCAGUUAUACUAUGCCUCAUAUAAAACCUUCUCAGAUUCAUAUUGGUGCAAAUUAUCAUCGACGAUUAAACGGGUCGAGUGUUCCUUCGUUCGAUACGCGUCAAUUUAUGCAGGGGCUUCAAGUGAAUCGUGACUUAGAAAGAAAAAAAAGGUAUAAGUUUCAUCCGCCUUUAAGCCUUCCUGUCAGCCGAAAUGUACGGGCUCGCCGAGAUAAUCCGAGCCCAAUUAAGAGAUUAAAAACUGUCAACUUUAUCAGAUCCGUUAAUUCUGGAUAAAUAGGGAAUGUGCGUGCGACCAUGAUGAUACUGAGCAUGAGAGCGGAGAAAAUUGUAAUAAUUCUGAAAAACUCCCUGGAUCUUGGUAUGAAAAGUACGGAAGCGGUAUUGGUUAAAAGGAUUGUUCUUACCCAACAUGGUAAGAACGUUUCAAAAGGAGUCAUUUUGGGAUUUCGGACAUCAAGGAAGAAGGUGUAUCAGUAGGAAGAAGUACAUAAAAAAUGUCGUCAAAAUUAUCCGAAGUGAAGAUGGAUUGCAGUAACUGUUUCUGUAAACGUCCAAGAAGGCCGAAGUACAAUGCUUGUUCUGCAGCUUGUCCAUCUAAAGAUGCAUGUACAGUGCCAGCGGAUUUUUGUAGUCAUUGCAAUAAAAAACUUGUUGCUGAUGCAAGAGAUUAUCUUAAACCAAGCUUUAAGAGAGUUUUCAAAUGCAUUUUGACUCUUUUUGUAAUCAUCUAUGUUUUUAGAGAUGAAGCAUAUUGCUGUAGAAGAAUAGCAAACAGUGCUGCCGUUUACAGUAUAUUAGUUGAUAUCGUAUUCAAAGCAUUUUGCCAUUUUCUGUUAAAAAAAUACGAAUAGACGAA